GACCGCUAUUGUGUCGUUUAGAGUGACUUCCCCUCCGAAUCAAUAGGUGGCAGUGCUGAGUAAAUUUUCAAUUCCGCAUACAAGGCACAAAAUCGAAACGCACUCUCCACACGCUCUCAUUCUUCCGUCCGCAGCCGGCUCGUGAGUAAGGAGGUACUUGUGUUAAUUUUAAACAACAUCAAAUAUGUCGGACGAGGGUAAAUUGUUCGUUGGCGGCCUGAGCUUCUCUACUGACGAGGAGUCUCUGAACGAGGCCUUUAGCAAAUACGGAACCAUUGAGAAGGUGGAUGUGAUCAGGGAUAAAAUUACAGGAAGGUCUCGUGGCUUUGGCUUUGUGAAGUACAACAAUGUGGAUGAUGCUAAGGAUGCCCUGGAAGCUAUGAAUGGCAAGUCUCUGGAUGGAAGGCAAAUCCGUGUAGAUGAAGCUGGCAAAGGUGGUGGACAAUCCAGAAGUUAUACAUCUGGUGGCCCCCGCAACAACAGAUUUGGAGGAGGAUCAUCUCGUGGGAGAGACUUCGGAGGUGGUGGAUACUAUGGAGGAGACAGGAGUGGCGGUGACAGGAAUUAUAGCGACAGAAGCUUUGGAGGUGGAGAAAGGAGCUUUGGAAGUGGUGGUGGAGGUGGCGGCGGCGGCAGUGGUGGCGGCUACAGAAGUGGAGGAUACUCUGGAAGUUACAGAGAUAACAGGGGCCAGGGUGGAUAUGGUGACCGCUCCGGAUCUUACCGCGACUCGUAUGACAGCUAUGCUUCACACGAGUAAAGAGCUCCCUGAUUCAAGAUCAUCACUUGGCUGGCUGUAUUUCAAAGAUGCGCUCAUCAAGGAAAAAAUGUCUGUUAUUGCUGACCUUAAUUUGUACUUCUGUUAUAGUAGCUUGGACAUCUUUAACUAUGUAGCAGUCAGUUAAGUCAUUCCAUUAACAUGUGAACGAUUAAAUUGGAGCUCAAGCUUUGUUUGUUUUUUUUUUUUUUUUGCUUAAUUGGUCACCUAUAUUCCUUCAUUAGACGAAACUAAAAGGCAUCUGUGAUAUAAGUACUAAUACUGUAACUCUCCCAGUUUCAGUUCAAACAACUCUAGUCUUUGUGGCUUUUCUUGGAGCAGUUGCAUAAGUUACUGUCUGUCCUGCGACUUUCCCCUAUUUUAACCUAAAUUUUGUUCUCAGUAAUCUUUUUUUUAUAUUAAUAGUGAGGUUUUUUUUUUGUUUGUUUGUUUGGGUCAUUUCCCUUGCUUAGUCACCGUGACUCAACUACCUCAUAUCAGGCUUUAUACUGAAUGAGAAAGAUUCCCGUACCAGUAAACAGAUCGAGGGGAUUUAAUGCCAAAUCAUUUUUUUUUUUACUAUCUAAAACUUAGUUUAGCCGAGGCUCCUGUAUGUUCUAUUUCCAAAAAAAUGAAUUCCUUUCAGACUGGUGAACUACACAUCCGAGGUGGUCGACUGUUCAUGAAGUUGCAAAUUGCAGCAUGCUACAGUCUGUCCAAGGUAUCUUGUGCUCAAUAUCUGCAUUUUAUACGUGCUGUAAAUUGGACUAAACCUGUUUAAAGUGAUCGAAAAAUGUACCCUUUUUCCCAAAGUUUCUCAUUUGGGAACAGUUUUGUACUUUGUGUUCUUGUAUCAUCAACCUUUUUCUUUGUCAACUUUGGCUUCAUGGAGCCGAUUAAACGAACUGUGGAAAAUA